CUACCAAAUAUUGUUAUAACAUAAGUUUCGUUCAUCAUCAAAUGGGUGCCCGUAUAAAAGGAGAUUUUAAAAAGUCCCAUCUUACACUAGAAAUUCAAGUGUGUUGUUAGAACACGCCGGUUUUGUCCGCGUAUACAACACGCAACACGGCAGAGGCGUGUUGUUGGUAUGGCGUGUUUUUCAGGCUUCAAAACAACACGCCCGUAAACAACACGCCGUUUUGUAACAACACGCCAGUUUAAAACAACUCGCCCUAAAACUACACGCUCCGCCAGGUCGCGUAUACGCCGAUACGUCGGUUUGAUAUUCAGAUAGUUGUGGCGUGGUUUGUAACGUGGCGUGGAUCAGAAGUCCAACCCGAUCGUGGAAAUACAGGAUAUCCGCAAAGAUGUCUGGUUUCUUCUGCACGCUAAGGAUAUAGCAAGUUCAUCGUUCUCAGCCAUUAUUAAGUUACUAUGUUAUGUAGUGGUGUAAACAGCAUUAUGAGAAAGAAAAACGGUGCAGGAAUGCGAGAAUGCAGCGAAAUAUAUUACCCAGGACUUUGUUGGCGUACAGUACAGCUCAGUGUAUUAGUGUGGCUGGUAUGCAACUUAUUUUACGCAGUUUAUAUUUUACGGUUCAAGACAAACAAACCUUGCAAUUGCACAAAUACUUUAAAACUGAAAUGGGAUCUUUUAAAACAUAGAAAGCAGCGACGAGCACCAGUUACCAAGUUAGACGUAGAAAGAACAAAGCUUACUAUGGAGCUCAAGACGGAUGUUAAGCUUUGGUGGAAAACAAUCAAAGCAGAGUUACUUGAGUUUAAAAAAUCCUCUCGCAAAGGAAAGACACACAAAAUUAAACGGCCAAAGCUACGUGAACAAUACAUGGCCCUGGAAAUCAAAAUAGAAAACGUCACAAACUUUGACGAGGAAUGGCAAAAACAACUUUCAUAUAAAACUGCGAUCAAAGUAAAGAAAAUAAUUGACAAAUUGCAGAAUCCAAAACGAUGUGACGAGUAUGGUCAGCUUUAUGUUAAAGUGGCAGAAUGUGGUUUUGGAUGCAUAAUGCACGAUCUUACCAACAAGUUGAAUAUUGCUACUUCGUAUAACAAAACACUGAUUUUGCAAACCUCAACGUCUAUCUACACGAGAUCACAAAUCAUGAGCGACAUCUUGGAACCGAUCAGCAAAAAAUGCCAAGUUCCUAUUAAAGGAAAAUGGGUUGAACCUUAUAAAUUUGCGGAUUUAACACAAAACAAACUGUGUAUCAUUAAACGUCAAAUAUCGGGUCGUGCCUACACGUUCCGGUAUCCCGUAUUCACUGACGAAAUGUGGGGCAACGUUGAAGCGUUUCACUCAGACCCAAUGGGCUGGUGGAUUUCGCAAAUGCGCAAAUCCUUGUUUAAACCGAAACCAAAGUUACAAGAAAGGAUUGAUUAUUACGCGGAAAAUGUUGACUUCUCAUCACCAAUCGUGGGUGUUCAUGUGAGACGUUCCGAUAAGCUAACCUCACCCGGAGAGUUCGCUGUGUUUCGACCAUUGUCCGAAUUCAUGAAACACGUUGAGGAAUGGUAUGACAAAUAUGAUCUUCGUCAAGCAGGACUUGGCGACAAUCUUAAAGUCGAACGAAGAGUUUAUUUGGCUUCUGAUGACCUGGCUGUGUGGGAUGAAGCGAAAGUCUUCGACAAAUACACUUUCCUUGGCAACAAGGAAUUCACGGAGCGAGCAAGUGAAAUUGAAACAAGGGACACGAAAUCUGGGUUAGAGGAUAUUAUCAUUGAAGCAACUCUGCUUUCCAAAUGUAACUUCUUUGUUGGAACUCUCUCUUCGGAGAUUGGACAACUGGCAAUUGAAAUGAAGCAGUCAACACAACUGCAAGAUGUGUUUUACGACGUAAGGUCUCUGGAAUAUGAAUAUGGACUUAUUGAGGGUCCAAAGAAAAUACAACUUGUCGUAUACAACAGCACUAAACCGUUAAGACUCGAUGAAAUCGAGUUGCUCUGUGGUGAUCUAAUGAUCUUGGAUCGAAACUACUUUAACGGUUACUACUAUGGGACAAAUGUCAUGACCGGAAAAAAAGGAUUUUAUAAAACUCACUUAGUUCAAAACUUGCCGGCAUUAUUGGAUAUGCCGAAUGCUGCGCUUAUGGAGAUGCUGGUGCAGAUUUAUGGACGAGUUAACAUUCCAUGGUUAACUGAAGAUAUCAUCACGCUUGAGUAA